GCAGAGCCUCGCGCUGGGGUGGGGUUGCGCGCGCAGGUGAGGGGGGCGGGGCCGGCGCCACCGGCGGGGCGGGGCGGAUAUUCCCACCGCGCACCUGCUUCUGCCUGACGUGUACCCGGAAGGUCGUCAGCUCAGGCUCCACAUAUGUAACAAACAGGUGGAGAGGUAUGAAGAACGAGGAACACUGCCCGGGGAGUUUCUUCCUCUGCAAAAUAAGGGAGUGUGUACUGAAUUACCGUUUCCAGCUCCAACAUCCAGGAUUUCAGCACUACCUGCAGAGUAGUGGGAGGAGAGAUAGAGGAAGAAGUGAAGAUAAGAAAUCCCUCGAAGCCAGUGUCUGGUGCUGGGACCGUGAUGGCUGGGACGGCAGCAGUAGUGCUGUCCAUCUGCUCGUCCGAGGGGUGGCACAUCCUAGCCUCUAUCUUUUCCCCAGAGAAGAUCCCCCUCGUCUGCUCUUCCCCCUGUCUCAGCCUUUUAGUGUGUGAACAGUUCUGGUGUGACUCAGCAGCGCUUUUGUUAGCACCUUUACCAGCAAGUACUUGUUAAACACUUAAAUCUUACAAGUGGAAAGAAAAUUCCGUGGUAAAUUUAAGUACAAAAGUCAACCAAAAUUCUGAGUCUCGGACAAGACUGGUUAAAAAUCGUUCUACAAUGAAACUAAUAUAUUAAAUUAAAUCAUAUAAAACUUU